AUGCGAUACACCAACGGAUCCAUUCUUCCUGGGUCUUGCGCCCACCAUUUCAUCCGUCAAAAUGGCACGAAAAACUCACCCGAGCAAGAAGAUACAUCUUUGAUUUUGAUUGGAUCAGGGGCAGCCUUUUUGGACUGUCCGCGGCCCCCUCAAUAUUGUGCGAGCAAAUGGGCCAUGCGCGGGAUCAUGCAUUCAUUGAGAAGAACUGCUUUCUUCUAUGGUAGUCGGGUCAACGUCAUCUCCCCAUGGUAUGUGAACACAAACAUUCUGUCGGAUGAGGCGUUCAAGCAUGUUUCCAGCGUUGGGGUAGAGUUUGCACAGGCAGAAGACGCAACGCAGUACCUGCUGAGAAUCCUCAGCGUCAGGAGUGUUAAUGGGCAUUCCUUCUUUGUCUCAGGAAGGAAAUGGGAAUCCAGCGGAUACAUGGAUCUAGAUCUGGAAGACUACACGAGUAAUGCGUUGAUUCGCGAGAUCCAAGAGGACCAAAUCAAAUCAGCCCCUGUUGAGCUUGGAUUAUUGGUGUAA